AUGACGUCAUGGCUUUCGCUAUUUCUCGACGCUCAGACGAUCAUGUUGGCCUCGAUGAACGCGCUCACCGCGCGAGUGACGCCCACGAAGGUUGUCAAGGUUCGACGUUCCAACGCGCGAAGCGCGGUGGUCGUGCGCGCGAGUGCGAGCGAAGAAGGCGCAGCGGGGAAGGCGUUCGCGGCGGCGCUCGCGCUGACGCUCGCGACGACGUCCGUGGAGCCGGCGUUGGCCACGACGGCGACGUCGCCGGCGGCGCGAAGAGAGGGCGUUCAGUCUGCGGCAAAGGUGAAGUCCACGAAAGCUAAGGUUGCGCCGGAUGUGCAAAUCAAGGUGAAGCGCACGUCGGCCAAGGCGACGCUCACUCCGAAGCAACGCAAGGAGUUGGAGCAAGCGGCUGCGGCGCGAUACCAAAAGGUUGCGCCGAAGCGCGCGGAACCGAACCGAUUGAAGGGAACUGCACUUAAGUCUGCCGCAGAAGUGAAGAAGACGAAGACUCCGGCCCAAACGAAGGCGGCGGCAGCGGCGGGCGCUGCGACCAAGAAGCCGACGACGAAAAAGCCGGCGGCGGCCAAGAAGUCGGCCCCGACUGUGACGGCCCCGGCGCCGAAGGCUGCCCCGGCGACAAAGACGCCGGCGGCGACCAAGGCGGCGGCGACAAAGACGCCGGCGGCGACCAAGGCGGCGGCGACCGCCAAGCCGGCCAAGGCGGCGACCACCACGCCGGCGGCGGCAAAGCCGGUGACGACGCCGAUCAAGACCACGACGCCGGCGGCGGCAACGGCGACGACCACCAAGCCGGCGGCGGCGAAGGCGAAGACCAAAUCUACCAAGAAGGUUACCCGACCGGUCAAGUCCGUCACGAAGAAGGUUGCCAAGCCGGCGGUGAAGAAGGCGGCCAAGCCGGCUCCGCGCCCGAAGAAGGUGAGCCGCGUGAACCCGCUCUCCAUCAUUGCCACCGGUCUCGGUCUCGGUCUGUUCGCAUACUCAAACCGCAGAGAGGGUCAACCGUCCGUAUCGACGGCGGCGACGAAGACUACCACAGUGUCUAGCACCCCGGCGAAAACCGUGGCCAGCGCUCCAGCCAAGCCGACCAAGUCUGCCACUAAGGCUGAUGAGGCACAAGCGUGGAUCGAGAACUGGAAGAACAAUUAAUCGCAACGCGCUCGAUGUAAAUCGG